AUGACUUGGGAUUCAAUAGCGGCAGGAGCAUCGUAUAGGUCGACAAAGGGCGAGCACGUUACCUUUAGUAUAUGUAUACAAAUAGUCACCCUAGUAGCUAAGGCGUUUAGAAUAAAGGGAACAGGUACUGAUGUGGAAGAGGAAACACCUGGUCAGGAGGAUGAGUGUGAAAGUUUGUAUAGUUUAUUGAAGGCUUGGGGAGGGGAAGCAUUGGGACAGAAAGUCAUGGAUCAGUGGUUCGUAGGGGGCGAUGAAGUCUCAAGCCGAUCUGCGUUGUUUUCGUUAAGCGGCAUCGAUCUCUUUGAGAUGUUGACGUCUCUAAUAAGUCAGGGUAGGAAUGCUAGUAAGGGCUUAACUUGUGAAAGGCAGUCUGAGGGGGGGGCGGAUAAGGAGCGAGAGGGCGUGUCAUAUAGGAAGGGGAAUCUAAAUGAAGAACACCUGGGGGCCCUCAGAAAGAUGAAGUUGACAUUGAAUUCCAGCCCCGUGGGGGAGGGAGCCGACUUAAAGGAUCGCGUGUCCCAACAGGGGCGACUCUGUCAUAACAGGGGGGAAAUCCAAGCAACAGGUCCAACGUGUCCCAAAGUGAACUCCAUCGACCAACAACACCAGGGGUUCACAGACGAGAAUUCUGUAGAACCCAACGGAGGUGGCAGGACAGAGACAGCAGACGGCGGAGAGCAGUGGGGGAAGUUGUUGGGGUCAGUAGUCGGAGGUUUUAUUGGUUUAAGUCUUGGGUUGAUGAGUAUGUAUGGUUUGUAUCGUAUAGUGGUUGCAGGAAACAGCAAGGGAAGACCACACCGGACCCCGCGGGCGCCUCUAUUAAGGGGGGGCCUAGACCGGGGGGGAGGGGGGGCGGAUAAUAGGAGGGGAGUUACUUAUGGGGCACUAGUGGGGCACGGCGGCCGGCGGGAUUCGGAGUGA